AGCAGAAGACUAAUCUAUAGGAGGACUAGAGGUGGUGGUGAGGGUGUCCUGAGCACAAGAUGUCUGGGGAGGAUGAGUUCUAUCUGUUUAAGAAUAUCUCCUCGGUGGGGCCCUGGGAUGGGCCUCAGUACCACAUUGCUCCCGUCUGGGCCUUCCACCUCCAGGCAGCCUUCAUGGGGUUUGUCUUCCUUGCAGGGACCCCACUCAACGCCACGGUGCUGGUGGUCACACUGCGUUACAAAAAGUUGCGGCAGCCCCUCAACUACAUUCUGGUCAACGUAUCCCUCGGGGGCUUCCUCUUCUGCAGCUUCUCCGUCUUCACUGUCUUCAUCGCCAGCUGUCACGGAUACUUCCUCUUUGGCCGCCAUGUUUGUGCUCUGGAGGCCUUCUUGGGCUCUGUAGCAGGUCUAGUGACUGGAUGGUCGUUGGCUUUCCUGGCUUUUGAGCGCUACAUUGUCAUCUGUAAGCCCUUUGGCAACAUCCGCUUCAGCUCCAAGCAUGCACUGAUGGUAGUCCUGGUCACUUGGACCAUUGGUAUUGGUGUGUCCAUCCCACCCUUCUUUGGCUGGAGCAGGUUCAUCCCUGAGGGCCUGCAGUGCUCCUGUGGCCCGGACUGGUACACGGUGGGCACCAAGUAUCGAAGCGAGUACUACACGUGGUUCCUCUUCCUGUUCUGUUUCAUCGUGCCCCUUUCCCUCAUCUGCUUCUCCUACUCGCAGCUGCUGAGGACUCUCAGAGCUGUGGCAGCUCAGCAGCAAGAGUCAGCUACGACCCAGAAGGCAGAGCGGGAGGUGAGCCACAUGGUGGUGGUGAUGGUGGGAUCUUUCUGUCUCUGUUAUGUGCCCUAUGCUGCCCUGGCCAUGUACAUGGUCAACAAUCGCAACCACGGGCUGGACUUGCGGCUAGUCACCAUCCCUGCCUUCUUCUCCAAGAGCUCGUGUGUCUACAAUCCCAUCAUCUACUGCUUCAUGAAUAAGCAGUUCCGGGCCUGCAUCAUGGAGAUGGUGUGCAGGAAGCCCGUGACAGAUGAAUCCGACAUGUCUGGCUCUCAGAAAACAGAAGCUUCUACUGUCUCUUCUAGCAAAGUUGGCCCUCACUAAGGACCCUCAAUUGGCCCACUGGCAGCAAUCAGACCGCCACAUUAAAACCCAAAGGCAGGGAAAGGAUGGGAGAGGAGUAAUGGCACUCCUGGGAAUCAGUUUCAUUUUCCUGAGGGUACUGUUCCCACAUGGGCCAUUUCAACAGUCAGUUUCUACUCCUAAGUGGCACCCUCACCCCCAGAGAACUGUGAGAGAAGGGACUGUUUUUGGUGUAUGGGCAACACUUUCCUUUUCAGUCAUUUUUUCUUCUCCCUUUCUGGAUCUGAGAUGGUAUAUACUGUGUUAGAAUAAGCAAUAGGGGCAGUGGAGAGAAAAGGCAGCAAACACCAGCACCCACGUGAACUUAAAAGAACUUCCCUAUGUGGUCCCUCCCAGUCGCUGCAGCCUAGGUUGUAGCUACUAUGGCCAGAGCUGCCUCAGCUCACUCAUCUCAAACAGAAGUAUUCUAGGUGUUUUCCUCCUCACUUGGCUAAAUGAAUGUAUCCACUUAAAGCUGUGCAUUGAUUAAAGUUAGUGGUUUAAUCCCGUGACAUCCUCAAAUCGAAUUUGCAUGUCUCAGUACCAUUUAUAAACCAAACCCAAGUGCUAAAAACAUGUUACCUUACGCUCUCCCUACACCUGCUGCUCCUGGAAAAUGAGCACCUUUGAAAUGAAAACCAAGAUACACCUGUGUUCAGCUAUACUCAAGAAAUACUGGGUGCCAGUCUCAGGUAAUGAUGCACCAGGAGGCAGGAGGGUCAGCAACCAGAAACCUCAGGAAGAGGAAAGGACUAAGUGUGAGGGAGAAGGCAGCUCUCUCAGUCUGGUGGGGAUAUGGUGGACCUUCUGGGAGAAUUCCUUUCCUUUGACAUUUGACAACACAGAACAAUAAGCCACAAUCCCAUUUCCUCUAUUUCUUUUUAAAAAAUGGUCUUUUAUUUCAUGUGCAUUGAUGUUUUACCUGCAUGUAUGUCUGUGUGA